UAACGAGCAACACUCCAAGAAAACCACCAAUGGAGGCCCACCCCGGAAUAUUGGCCAUUGUCUCAUAUUGAGAGCUCCUCGCCGCCCGCUCCAAUCUGCUCCAUCCCUCGCCGCAGCAGCCACUGUCCGUCGCCCUCCGCAUUCGCCGUCGAGGUUGCUAACGAAUCUCCGUCGUGUUUAGGAAGCAGGUGAGUAUGGCAGAAGCAGCAGCAGUUGAAAUCGACAGGCUGAGCGAUCUCCCGGACAACAUCCUGCAUCACGUUCUGUCCUUCCUCGACACUGUAACGAUUGUCAAAACCAGCAUUCUGUCUAGGAGGUGGAGAUGCCUGUGGAAAGAUGUUCCCGUCCUCUGUUUCCAGAGGAAGGGCUUCCGUUCAAAGCUGGGUUUCGAAGAACACGUGAACCGGAUUCUGGCUAACCGAUCCCACCAUGCCACUGUCAGAGAAAUUAGGCUGGACUACUAUUCGAGCGGAUUAUCGUGGGAGGAACCAGACGCCAAAGUGUUUGAUAGUGUCCUGCGAUAUGCUGCAUCAUCCCAGUCACCCGGUGGCAUGAUCAGUCGUCUUCAUCAUCUGUCGAUCCGGAAUCCACCUGUAUUCGAUUCCUUUUACAGACGUUUCACCGACGUAAUCGCGUCCAUCUGCACUCAUCGCCAUCAUGAAACUCUCAGGACCCUCAAUAUGCACGGCGUGGAUGUUGCAUUAGUCCCCAUGACUGCUGCUUCAGGAUUUCAGAUGCUGACGACUCUGCAACUGCGUAGCUGCGAAUUUCAUGAUCCUGAUCCUUUUGGUGGUUUCCCUUGUUUGAACCACUUGAAGCUCUUCAACUGCACAUCAUCACCGAGUGGCUUCGCCGUGUUGGGACCUCACCUGGUGGACCUGGAAAUCGACAGCCCAUUCCUCUCAGUCUCAGAUGGGUUGAUUCGAGUUUCUGCCCCGAAGCUCAAAUCUUUCCGGUUCGAAGAUCAGAAUCUACGUUCUCGAGGCUACCCGACGCUAGACCUUCCUGCCUUGGACCACGCAACCAUCCACUUUCAUUGGCAUGAAUACCUGCUUGUUGCACCGGGUUGCCGUUCGUAUGUUUCGAGAGAAGGGUCUAUUCGUGCACGCCUCAACUUGUUUGGUGAUUUGCAUAACGCUGAAUCGCUCAUCCUCUGCUUCGACAGCUCGACCGAGAUUACGGAUCAGAACUCUCCUCUUACCGAAUGGAAGUCCCCAUUAAUGGAGCGUGCAGCCUCUCCCUUUACCAGAUUGAAGGCUUUGAGAAUGCAGUUCAAAAAACCUUCACCAACGCUAAGCGUACCGAAAGAAGUGAUUCGAUACUUUUUCGGCGACUCUUUCAACCCACUUAACAAGUCCGCCAUAAUCGAAAAUAUGGACAACCCAUUUAUCCAUUGAUCAUUUUGACCUUAGCUUUUCACCAUACCUUUCAUCUUCUUGAUAAGUACAAUAUUGUGGAGUUUGCUCCAUUUUUCUUUCUCUUGAUAACAAUUUGGUACCCUUCUAACAAGGAAAUAGAACUGUGCACACUGUCUUAGGGCUGGUUUUUCUUGUUCUUCUGCUUGAGCCCGAUUAUGUUGUUUGGGCUAGAGCCCAAAAAAGAAAACAUGAACCAAAGCCACCGACUGUGCAUCCCCUGGUAGUGGAGAGUAUAAACCCUAGAAACCCUGAAGCCUCACUACGGUUUCUUGAUUGUCAAGUAACAAA